AUGGCGCAGUUCCCGCCGCCGUCCAGCGAUCCGCCCAAGAAGGAGAUGGUGUACUUCCCGGGGAUGCUGACGGCGCUGCCGUCGCAGUCGGCCGAGUUCCGGCGCGUGCUGCACACGGGGCUGUACUCGCAGCUGGUGCUGAUGACGAUCCCCGUGGGCGGCGACAUCGGCGACGAGACGCACACGGUGGACCAGAUCCUGACCUUCACGUCGGGCACGGCGCUGGCGCAGGUCGGCGGGCGCGAGCAGCACGUCAAGGCCGGCGACCUCGUCGUCGUGCCCGCCGGCACCCGCCACCAGUUCAUCAACACCGGGCCCACCCCGCUGCUGCUGUACACCGUCUACAGCCCCGCCGAGCACAAGCCGACCACGGUCCACAGGACCAAGGAGGAAGGCGACAAGGAGGAGGAGGAGGGCAUCGACGAGGCGCCUGAGUGGGCGCACAGGAGCAAGCAGCAGAAUGAGAAGGAAGGCUGGGUCAAGGCGGAAGAGUGA